UAGAUCAUCAAAGCGGCUAUAAUAUUAUUUUAUUAUAACAUGAAGGAAAAGACGGUUAGAUUUGUUGUGUUAGUGUAUGCAAUUGAAAGACAGAUUACACCCAAUGCUAACCCAAACCCAAACUUUCACUCUCUCAACGCCUAUUCUUAUUCGACCUUUCACUCUCAAUCUCAAUCCCAAUCUCACCUUCUCUUCUGGGAUUCUAUACUUAGGGCUUACUUGCCCCCCAAUCUAUACAUCUAAAUCCCAAUUCAAUUGAGUUUCACUGCUUCAAUUUUGAGAGCUUUAAUGGCGAAGAAGCGGGUGGCAGCGGAGAGGAAGAAGAUUGAUAAUAUACCCAAGUGUUCUCAACAGCCAAGGAGCUCUCCGCCCAAACGCCGCACUGAUUUCUCUUCCUUUUUCUGCAAAUCAUCUACUCUAUUCGAUUCAGGCUCUCUGUUGCAUGAAAAGAAUGCAGAGGGAAAAGAGUUGUUUCCGAAUUCUAUAAUUCGAUGCAGCAAGUCCCAGGAGGAAGGAUCUGGAUUAUCCUCUAAUUCUACAGAAGCUUCCUUAGUAGAAGUUGAAUUAGUAGGCCAAGAUGCUCUAUUGGAGUCUUCUGAUAACAGGGAAGAUGGUAAGGACGGAAGUGUUGCAUUGGUGAAAACACACAAAAUGUGGUGGUCUGCUGAGGACAUACAACAAAAGGAACGCCAUAUAUUGAGCAGUGAGUUGAUUAAGGGACCUGCUGCUUCUAAUCAUUCAGACGACCAAGAUCUUUCCUCUGAUAAAUCUACCUUAUCAUCAAGCAGAGGAGAGGACGAUAUCAUUGCAAGAGGCAGGGGCAAGAGGGAACGAAAACCUAAACUUCACUUCGAUGACAUUACAUGUCCACUGAACCCCGAACGGAGAGUUCGCCGACUUAGGAUAAUGCGUUAUCUUGGUCUAACACCACCUGUUGGCUCUCCCUUCUAAAGCUACUUGCUUCAAGAAUUGCUUCUAGAGUUGAUCUGUGCAGAUUUGAAUAUUUAUAUUCUUUUUCUGGUUUUCAAGGUGUAUAAUAUUUAUUGUUUAUGCUUGUGAGGAUCACUUGGUUAUCUAAUUAAUUAGUUUGCCUCUGUAAAGAAUUAAUUGCCACUUAGUUUAAGCAUAUAGGUAUUUUUUGUUCAGAGUUUUGUAAACUGUCGCCUUGACCCUUCCUUAUCUUUCUGAAUAUGCAUAAAUUUCAUCUGA